GUAUGCAGAGUCCAACCAAUUUCACCUUCCCCAACAUUUCCUUGGAAAAUUAUGAACUUCGUCCCUGCAGAGAACCCUAACCCUAAUUAUUCGCUUUUUCCUGGAAACCACUCCGAUCCAUAUCCCGAUGAGCUUGGGUUAUCCGAUUAUCUCAUCCUCGGAGGUGGAAGUCUCUUGGAGCCUUCGCCGCUGCUGGAAGUGAAGUCUGCACCGGAGCAAGUGAUUCCCAUGACGACAUUGGGUGGAUCCACUCAUACUAGAGCAGCAGAUGCUGGCAUAGAGAAUGAAAAUGAGAUUGAGGGGAAGAGGAAGGUAGGUAAGGGGUGUAGGAUUGCAUUCAGGACCAAAUCUGAGCAAGAGAUCUUGGAUGAUGGGUUUAGAUGGAGAAAAUAUGGGAAAAAGUCAGUAAAAAACAGCCCAAACCCAAGGAAUUACUAUAAAUGCACGAAUGGGGGAUGCAAUGUGAAGAAGAGGGUGGAGAGGGACAGGGAUGACUCAAGCUACGUGAUCACAACUUAUGAGGGUGUCCAUACUCACCCGAGCCCCGCCCCAUUCCUCAUGCAUAAUUACAAUAAUUAUGCCCACACAUGAUCAUCACAGCUCAUAUUUUUUUUUAAUUUAAGUUCCAUUUCAUCAUAAGUUUGUAUGUUUAACUUUGUUAUAAACAGAAACUCAUACGUACAUUGUCAAUGGUGAAUAUAUAUACUAAGACCAGCUCUCUUUUAGUACAAUUUCAGCUCAGUUUUUAGUUGAGACUGA